CUCUGAUAUUUUCUCGCAUUUGAAGAAUCUUGCGUCUCAUCAAUGUGAUGGCGUUGUUCUUGCUUGUGUGCAGGUUAUAACCCGCGCAUUCAACCAAGUAUCACCUUAUUAAGGAUACGCUUAAGUGAUUUACAAGAUGUCAACAAACGAAUCUCAGUUCGUGCUAGAACACGGUGUACUCUUCACAAAGAACUACUCUUUGACCGAGUUCGCCAAAAUAGCUAAUGAAUUCCACUUCAACCACAAGCUCAGCCAAUCUUUGGAAUCCCUGUUCAUUGUGUUAUUUACUCUGAUCGUAUUGUUUGGCUUCUUCGGAAACUCCUUGCUUGUCUACGUAAUCAUCAGGAAGUCCAAGAUCAAAUCCAGCCGAUGUAUGUUCGUCUUUAACCUCGCCCUCACCGACAUUUUGACAUGUCUUCUCUGCAUUCCUCUGACGGCGGUGCGGCUUUUGCUGACCCACUGGUCUCUGGGAGAAAUGCUUUGUAAACUGGUUCCCGUCUUGCAGGCUCUUUACAUCUUUGUGUCUUCUUUGACUGUCGUUGCGAUAGCCAUCGACAGGUACCAGUCCAUUGUUAACUGGCCAAAAGCUAUCCGGAAGUCCAACAUGAAGUACGUGUUUUUGAUGAUGUGGAUGCUCGGCCUCGCUUUGGCUCUCCCCAUGUUUGUUUUCCACGAAGUGGAGACGGUAGAUGUGAUCCCUGGUCUCCUUUCCGUGUCAGUGUGUGUGGAGAGGUGGAGUUCCUACAUCUCCCGCGGAAUCUACACACUCGUCGUGUUAAUGUUCCACUUCGUACUUCCUCUGGCCUCGAUAUCAAUGCUCCACCUCCUAAUCUGUAGGUUCAUUGGCGCCCAUUUUGGAUCCAAACUGCACAGCAGAUCCGACAGAAGUCGAAGGUACUUAAUAAGGCAAAGAAAAAACGUUGUUCUUUUGACUGUCAUCGCUGUGACCUUUGCCUUCACUUGGCUUCCUUGGACUUGUGUCAAUUUGAUCGCAGACUUCAGUUUGGAGCACUUCCGGUCUAUAAACAUCAACGUUGUCAAUGCCGCCUGUCACACGUUAGCAAUGAGUUCCGUUUGUGUCAAUCCAGUUGUAUAUGGAUGGUUCAAUUCUAUAUUCAGGCAGGAAAUAGAUUCAGUGUUUCGCACAUUCUGUCUUGGACGAAGCCGUGGCAGCGAACAGCCGCCAUCUCCGGAAAAGAACUCGUUUACUCUCUUCCAGAAAACUACAACUUUAUCGUCCUACGUACGGCAUGAUUAAAUGGUACAAAACAACGCCAUUGUAUUGUCAUUUCUAUUCUGUGACGACGCAGAACUACGCCUGUUUUGACGGGUUUGGUAUCGACAACUUCCGCGAUUGUAGAAUAUAUGGAACUUUUUUUGCACUGUUAUUGAUUGUGAAUAUAUGAGUUGAUAAUAAAAUUGUAUAAUAAAUGUAGU